GAGCUGCAACUGGAAGAACUACUGGGCACUGGCAGCACGGCAGAGGUGUACCGGGCCGGUUGGCACGGCACUGACGUGGCCGUGAAGAAGUUACGCAGCACCGGACAACUCAGCACCGAAUUCAAGCGCGAGAUUUCGGUGCUGCUGCGCCUGCGGCAUCCCAAUUUGGUGCUCUUCAUGGGCGCGUGUACAAAGGCUCCUCAAGCGCUGAUCAUCUCAGAGUUCUGCGCGGGCGGAACCAUCUUCGCCUUGCUCCACCAGCGCAAAGACCUGCAGCUGCCAUGGGGUCAGCGCUUGCAGGUCGCCCUGGAUGUGGCCAAGGGCAUGAAUUUCCUUCACCGGCGGCAGGUGGUGCAUCGGGAUUUGAAAUCCUUGAAUUUGCUCCUGACGGCACCCCUGCGAAGCAAUGAGGAUAUUCCGGCUGUGAAGGUCUCAGACUUUGGUCUCUCCAGAGCUUUCCCUUCAGCACCACAACAGGUGUGUAUGACCAGCGGGGCUGGCACCUAUCAUUGGAUGGCCCCAGAGGUCUUAUCCGGGCAAAGCUACGAUGAGAAGGUGGAUGUUUAUUCCUACGGCAUUUGCUUGUACGAACUGAUCACACGGCGGAUUCCCUACGAUACCUCCGGCCUUGAACCCGUGUCCAUCGCCGUGGCGGUGAGUCGCGGCAAGCGACCGGAUCCCAAGGUGGUUCCACAGGAUUGCCCCGCCGAUUUGCGCUUCACCAUGAAGUGUUGCUGGGCACACCGCGGGGAAACCCGGAGCCGCGUCCCAGUGGCCGCCCGGGCUUUGACACAAUCCUGGUGCCCUGGUUGCGGGGAGAUGUCAGGUAUCCUUGGUGCUUCAGGAAUCACGGCUAGCAAGUCCAAAGGGAACGCUGAAUCCACUGGUUUUUGGAGCCUUGUGGCCUUUCCCCAUGGUGUCAGAAACCUUGAAGUUGGUGAAGGGAUGCAGGACACAGGUUGUGACCCAUCGCCCACGGAAUUCGCUGUGAGUCUGGUCUGUUUUAUCAUCCAAUUCCCCUUGGGGAUGAUUCGAGAACCUCAGUUCUCACAGUUCUUUAGGCGUCUAACUGCGCUCUUGCUGGGAUUCGCGUUGGCCUAUGAAUCGGGCCGCGAGAACAACACUGCCUUUCUGAUGCUUCAGAAACGUGACCAUGUGGAGAAAGCUCGACUGCGCGUCGAUCAGUCCGAAUGGAUCAACGUGUGUUACUUCACCAAUUGGGCGCGCUACCGUAACGGCCUCGGCAACGUAGGCAAGGAUUCCUUUGAGAUGGGUUUGGACGGGGAUUUGUGCACCCACUUCAUGUACGGUUUCGUCUUCGUUCAAGCCGGCGGCGCCAACGGUGGCUACAUGCUGAAGAGCAACGACCCCAACGCAGAUCAUCCCAGUGGCAGCGAAGAUCAGGAUGGCCUGUGCCCUGACGUCUGUUACGACCCCAGUUUCAGACCUGACUGGAACGAUCCCGAUGGUGAGAGGUGCGACUGGCCAUGCUCACCGCAGCGCACCUUGAGGGGCUACGAAGGGUUGACCAAAGGGAUGAAGGCCAAGAAUCCCAACAUCAAGGCGCUGGCCAGUGUGGGAGGUUGGAACUUCAACCUUUGCAGCGCCAAAGGGAGCGAGGUUUGGAACCAGGGCGAUAUGACCUGCGAGAUCUUCAGCGAGAUCGCCGCCAGCGAGGCCAAGACGCGUUUGUUCGCCGCGAACAUCAUCGAGUUCUGCGAGAAGUGGGGCUUCGAUGGCUUUGACUUGGACUGGGAAUAUCCUGUGGUGGCCGGGCACAACCGCAAGGAUUUAUCUGAAGCACCGGAGGAUUAUGCGAAUUAUGUCAACAUGCUGAGGAUUCUGAAGGAAGAGUUCACCCAGCACAAGCCCAGUCAGCCCCUGUUGCUGACCGCUGCGGUGGGCGUUGGCAAGUCCACAGCGGAGACCGCCUAUGAUAUCCCGGGCAUGAGCCAGUACCUGGAUUUGAUGAAUCUGAUGACCUACGACCUCCACGGCACCUGGGAAGAUCGCACUGGCUGCGUGGCGCCGCUCUACACCACCCCGGAGGAUGAACGACUGGCAGGCUACCCCUUGAGCGUCUCCUGGGCCAUCGAUUUUUGGCUUGAGAAGGGAGCCCCAGCCUCCAAGAUGACCAUGGGCAUCCCCGCCUAUGGUCGCGGCUGGAAGCUGAAAUCCAAUAGCAACAGUGGCAUCAACGCGCCCACGGAUGGAGCAUGUGCAAAGGGGACCAGCACAGGCGAAGAGGGCUUUCGUGCUUACUACGAGAUCACUGACCGGAUCUCUCGCGGAGCAACGAAAACACACGACCCAGUCCGGGUUUGUGACUACAUGGUGGCCGACGGUGAGUGGGUAGGCUUCGAUGAUGUGGACACGGUUUGUGCCAAGUUGCGCUUCGCCCAGAGCCGCGGUCUCGCAGGUUCCAUGGUGUGGGCGCUGGAUUUGGACGAAUUUACGAAGGGAUACACCUUGAUCAGCCUGCUGAGUUCCGGAGGCAGCACGUGUGGCGCAACCACCAGCCAGGCAUCCACUACAACCACAACUACUACUGCUGGUGCCACCACCACCACGACAAGGGCAAGCACCACAGCAGGUACUACCAGCACAGCUGGCACCACAACUGCGCGGACCACUGCUCCAGUGACGACUACCACCACGCAGAGCAGUGGCACUGGCACUUGCAUCCACAACACGGAUUGCGCGACAAGUGAUUGGUGUGACCAGAAGGAGGUCUACGAGACGUGGUGCGCCCAACGUCCCGACUGCCCCUGGCCCUACUGCCUGCGCAGCGGCUCCACUGGUUCCACCACCGGCGAAACAAGCACCAGGACAACCACUCAGGGCGCCACCACGACCGCCACCACUGCGGUGACCACGACUGUCACAACGUGCAUUCACAACACUGACUGCGACACCAGCGACUGGUGCGAUCAAAAAGAGGUCUAUGAGACCUGGUGCGCUCAGCGACCAGAUUGUCCCUGGCCGUACUGCCUCCGCAGUGGCUCCAGUUCUACCACGGUCACCACAGUCCCUGCAGGGUGUCGUGCCACGACUUCGGAGUGGGGAGCCACUGAUGCAAAGUGCGAAGCAGCAUGUGGCAGACUUGCCACAGGGGUUUGGCCUUGUGGCCAAGGAGGGCCAUGUGCGUGUUGA